AUGGAGUUUUCUAGAAGAAAAAAAUGGGGGAAGUCGGCGAAUGAAAGACAAAUUUUGUACCCACUUAGUGUUCAGUUCUAUGUGGAGCCUCCUACUGAAAAUAUCUCUUUAAUAGAAUUUGAAACAUUUGCUGUUGACAGACUAAAAUUGCUCAAAACAGUUGAGAAUCUGGGUGUGACUCAUGUUAAAGGUUCUGAAGUUUAUAAAAAAAAGCUGGAAACAGAAAUAAGGCAUCUUAAAUUUCCAUAUCAUGCUUUGGCUACUGUGGACCAUGAGGCGAGAAGAAAAGAUCAUAUUUCUCACUUCAUACUGCGUCUUGCCUACUGCCAAUCGGACGAGCUUAGGCGGUGGUUUAUCCAACAAGAAAUGGAUCUUUUCCGCUACAGAUUCACUCAGCUAAAUGAUGAUUUGAUUGAAGAGUUCCUUGGAUAUGUUAAUUUGAAAUAUGAUGCUAUUCCAGAAACAGAAAAGACUGUCAUUAAAGACAAGCUACAAAAUGCAACUCCUUCUUUUGUCUCCUCUGAUGUAGAAAAAACUGUCUUCUAUAAAGUCCCUUUCUGUGAUGCUGUGGAUUUAGUUCGUGUCAGACAAGUUUACUUUCUUGGUGGUUACGCCUGUGUGCCUCGGCAGGAUUUUCUUUCCAUUGUCUUGAACAAUUACAGAACCAAACUGUCGAAAGCCCUGGCACUAACAGCACGAUCACUGCCCAUUGUACAGACUGAUGAAAGACUCCAGCCUCUGCUUAAUAAACUCAGCCAUGCAUAUGUUGGUCCAGAUUACAGCAUUGAAAAAAAUACUGGGAAAAUUUCAUUAGAACAGAUUGAUGCUCUUUCGGUUAAAUCAUUUCCUCUCUGCAUGCGCCAGCUGCACAAAGCUCUGCGUGAUAACCAUCAUCUCCGUCACGGAGGCCGUAUGCAAUAUGGCUUGUUUCUAAAGGGCAUUGGUUUAACAUUAGAACAAGCGCUGCAGUUCUGGAAGUCUGAAUUCAUCAGAGGGAAAGUAGACGCAGACAAGUUUGACAAAGGGUACGCUUACAGCAUCCGGCAUAGCUAUGGAAAAGAAGGCAAGAGAACUGAUUAUACUCCAUUCAGCUGCAUGAAAAUUAUCCUGUCCAAUCCACCAGGCCAAGGGGAUUAUCAUGGGUGUCCAUUCCGCCACAGUGAUCCUGAUCUGCUGAAGCAGAAGCUACAGUCAUAUAAAGUCCCUCCCACAGGGAUCAGUCAGAUUUUGGACCUGGUGAAAGGUAUGCAUUACCAGCUGGCCUGUCAGAAGUACUUUGAACUGACACAUGAUGUUGAUGAUAUUGGCUUUUCUUUGAACCAUCCAAAUCAGUAUUUUGCAGAGAGUCAGCAGCAACUCAGUGGCAUCAAGGAAACAAAAAAAGAACAAAGGCAACCUGAAAGCUCUCAGCCAAAGCAGAGCAGCCAGAAAAGUAUAAAUACAGCCUCCCCUCCCUCUUCUUUAAAUAAAACAGAAGAAAUGGAACUGGAAGGACUGGAAGAGUACUUUGCUGAAGAUUAACAAGCAUCGUUUCCCCUUUACAACAUGGCUUUUGCUGUUUCUCUCUAUUUUGAAAGAGGUCUCUUAAGAAUGAGGAGCCAACACUGUGGUGGAACAUAGGCUGGCUGUGUUCUACAUGAAAAGGAAAAGAGGGAAAGUCUUGUAAUGCAUCUAGCUUAGUAACCUGUGCAGCGGUUUUGAAAAGCAGCCAUCCCUUGGGACAUGGAAAUGACACAGUACUGUGCAAGUGUGAGUGAUUCAGCAGUUUGAAUCACAUUUUUAUUUCUGUGGGCAAACGUUUGAGUCUCUAGUCCUCCUGCCCUAUGCUCACUGUUAUGUAGCUUUGUUUUCUCCACUAUUUUUCCUUAAUAAACCCAAUUCUGAAAUGUA